AGUUUGUUAUUGUUAUAAAAUGGUGAAAUCUUAAAUAAUUAGACAUAUCGUCUACUAUACCAUCUAUCUUAAACCCUAUUAUUUUAGUUUCUAAAAUCAUAACAAUGAGUUAUGUUAGUGAUUUGUCACAAUCCAGUGAAUAUCUUAGUUUUCGUAGUAGUAUACCAUUGAGAAAAAUAGUUGUUGAUUCAGAUGGUAUCAAGGCUUGGAGAAUUUUUGACUGUGGCCCUAAGUCUGUGAAUUGUCCACUGAUAUGUUUGCCUCCUGUAUCUGGGACAGCUGAUAUUUUCUAUAAACAAGUCAUGGGUUUGGCAUCAAGAGGCAUCAGAGUAAUUGCAGCAGAACCUCCAGCUUAUUGGAACAUGAAAGAAUGGUGUGAUGGUUUUAAACGGCUCAUAGAUUAUUUAGAAUUAGAUAAAGUACAUGUUUUUGGAGCUUCAUUAGGAGGAUUCAUGGCUCAGAAAUUUGCAGAACUAACAAAGAAUUGUCCCAGAGUGGCUUCACUUAUACUUUGUAAUACAUUUACUGACACAUCUGUUUUUGAAUAUAAUGACUCUUCUGCUCUCUUUUGGCUCUUGCCCUCCCUGGUGUUGAAACGAAUGUUGAUGGGUAAUUUUACCACUGACAAAGUUGAUAGGCGAAUGACUGAAUCGAUUGAUUUUAUGGUGGAAAGAUUAGAAUCUCUCACUCAGUCUGAGUUAGCAUCAAGAUUAACUCUGAACUGUAGUCCAAAUAGUGUCCAGUCACAAGAAUUGGCCAACAUUCCAAUAACCAUAAUGGAUGUAUGGGAUGAGAGUGCUUUAAGCUCCCAAGUUCGUGAAGACCUAUACAAAACAUAUCCUAAUGCAAAACGAGCCCAUCUUAAAAGUGGUGGAAAUUUUCCAUAUUUGAGUAGAAGUGAUGAAGUAAACUUACAUUUACUAAUUCAUCUACGACAGUUUGAUAACACGGAAUUAACGGCGUCUUAUUUAAACCUUCAUAAGAUGCCUACGUCUUCCAACGACAAUGAUGAAAGCUCCGUUAGUUAUUUUAAUAGGGAUAAGUUCGUGAAAAUAUCAUAA